GCUCUAAAGCCGUGGUUCCCAAACAGAACUCUCCUGCAGUAUUCUCCACUCAGGCAAAUCUCAGCUACUUCUGCAGAACUGGAAGGAAAGGACAAAGGGGCCGGUGAAAGCUCUAUUCUCAUCUCAUCUUGGGCUACAGAAGCACGUAAAGCACAGGAAAUUCACUUACAGGUUCUCCAACAGGCAUGCGUCCUCGGUCCAGGCUGCUCACCACUAAGCGCCUCCCCACCAUCUGCGAGGUUUAUGAAGAAAUCCUACAGGAUAUGAAUCAUGCCAGCACUUGUUCCAAUGCUUUCUACAUCCACUCUGACUGCCUCUCUUCAGAGGACUAUCUGCAAUCCAUCUGUCAACUGGCCAGACCUACUUUCCCAGUCCUGCAGGAGCCACUGUGUGAAAUUGUGAGCCUCAACAAACUGGAUGCUCUCAGACUUGGCCCACAAUUACCAAAACUUCCAGCUUCAGCACCACUCUUGGAUCAAAUGGUGCAUUACCACACCAGCAGCAAGGAAGCACCCAUUUUUACCCCUUUUCUCACUUUAGAGGGUGUUCACCCGAGGCUCAAUAAAAGCUCCAAUGCAGACCCCUUGGAAUACCUGUAUGGACAACAUAAUGCAUCUUGUCUCCAAGGCACCAAGAACAACAGAAAGCUGACUGAGAGGACAGAGGUAGGCGAUGUCUGGGGGAGCAAGGGGCACUCACAGCUUAAAACUGUGGAGGCCUCUCACAGCCGCCAACGGGCAAACAGCUUCCCACAACUCUGCUCUCCUCGUCCCAUGCAGCGGAAGAUCAGCUGCCCUGAACUGCAGUUAGAAGGCCUGGCAACUCAAACUCCCAACAGUGACGAUUCCAUCUGGACUAGUCUUACUGGCCAGGUCUGGCCUCAUCCUCCUAAAGACAAGAAGCCCAGUGUGAUGAAACCUCCACCCAGGAGCUCCCAGAGCCUCUGCCACUCUGAAACAAAGUGUAACUCCAGCAUUAGAAAUGAAAGGUCCUUUGGCUCCUGCUUUGGUCAGACAGACAAGCAGAAUAUGAUCUCUAGCUGGAUAGCAGAUUGUAAAAGCGCCUGGAAAGAGGCCAGGAUAAGAGCCUGUAUGCUGCCAGCCAUUGCAGAGAUGUAAAAGUGAACAAUGACUCGUAUACUAUGAUUUUUGUAAAUUACUUUUUCAAAGUUCAAUUCAGAUUGUACAAAGUUCACACUGCUAAAUUUUAGUUUCUAUCAUCUCUCCACACAUUAAAAAAUACUUAUUUAUAAGGUCUCUUCAGAAGGAAUGAGAUUGCAUUAAAAAACUGGACUGAGACAGUGUUUCUACGAGAUUCAAUUAUUUCUGAUCUAAAAAUUUGUAAAAAGAUACAUAUUGUAUGCCGACACUUUCACAGUAGGGCACACAGACAUUGGUGUUUUUAUGACCAAGAAACAUUUAAUCAAACACCCAGACGUUGUUCUGGUAUAAAUAAUAUUGGUAUUAAUAUAAAUCUCUCAGAGACAACAGAUUUAAAUUAUUGUCUUAGCACCCAUUUUAAUGAAUGAAUAUUUUGAAUUAAGAAAUGGCACUAUAUGUGAGACUUCCUCUGUAAUAUUUAACUUUUGAUGAUCAUCUGAACGGAUGUGAAGUAGUCAGCUUUUAAAGACUAAUGAACUCUUAUGUGCAAUGUGUUUCUUAUUUAAAAAGUCACUAAUGGCUUUUAAGAACUAUAGAUUAAAACAAACCACUGGAAGUUUUCUCCUUGAACCAUGAUCAUUUUUUUAUCUCAUGUAUUAUGCUAAUACUGUAUAUAACUAAAGAAGCUGGCUAUGCCCUUCUUGUUGGCUCAGUUUUAAAUCUGAGUAAAUACAAGAUAGUACCGUGUGGGAUAAGACUUUAAUUUGUUCAAACCAUGCUGAUGCUCGUGUGGUAAGAUGUUACUUUUAACUUUGGAAAACUGGCACUGACAUUUGAAAAAGCACCAUUCAUAAUUUUCCACAAUUACUUGCUUGUUUUAUAACUGGCAGUAUGUAGUGUGGUCAAAUGCCAUUGCUUCACACAACAGAAUUAUUAAUUAAAAUCCAAAUGGGGUAAAAUAUUUAAGAAAAAUUAUAUAACCAUUUACAGUAUAAUGAUUUUCAAAAUUGGGACUAUUGAGACUGAGUGGUACACAAACACAAAUCUCAUGUACAGCAUGCUUUUUCAGAGAUACAAAUCAGUUAUUUAACAUGAAACGAAGAGAAGCUCCAUCAUUAUUUAUUAUUCAAAUGCUUCUAAUUAAUUCCGCCCAAUAUAGAGUAACAUAAUUAUAUGAAUAAUUUCCAAAUAAAAAUAUGCAGAAGUAUUACACUGAGCAUUAAAGUACAGUACUUUAAUGUAAAUAAACAAAUUUGCAGAAGGUUAAAAUCUGCACCCUUUUUUAUUAAGUACCAUUUACUAAUGAGAAAAUUGUGAGUAAAGUAUAAUCUUAGAAAUGUAGAGCACUUAAAAAUUAUCUAGAUACUCUAUUUUAAUGAGUUUUUGUUAAAUGAAAAUGAGUUAAUCUGAUGAUUGAAAUUAGAUAGUUAAGAUGAUCAAACAAUUUUACUUUCUAGAUUAGUGAAUGACAGUCUAAUGAUUUCAUUUCAAUCUUAAACAACUGUUUCAUAAUGAACAUAGAAUAGUUGUAUAUUGAUGAACUUAGAAAUUAGAAACUGCAUGUUCAAUUACUGUAGAAAAAUGAAGAAUUUAGAGAAAAAUAUUUAAUUUCAUACUGAAUUUUCUAUUGGACUCCAGUAUCUUAACUGUGGGCUUCUUUUUUGACUACACAGCAAAUGUGAAAUCAUGCUGUGAAAUUAUUUGUGACUCUAAAUGCCCUGAAUUGAGUAUUGGAAGUUACCCUAGAAUAAAAUCCCAUUGUAUUCAAUGUCAUCUUUCUCAUAGACACUAGACGAGCACCCCACAUGGUGUGAACAGUCUUGUCUCAUUUGUCUCAUACAAUAAAUGGUUUGUAUGUAAAGACAUUAGCUCUGUAAAAGAGAAAAGGGGCAGAACUGUGACAAAGAUGUAAUAAAGUGUUCUGAAAUCUUUUUUGUACUUCGUGUCCAAUCUGACUCAGUAAAUGAGAAAAAAAUAAACAUUUUUGUGGUUCUGUUUAUGGCCAGACAAGGAAAAUGAUCUACAGAAGCACUACUAAUAUUCUGUGGGUUCCUUCUGAACUCAUGUACUGUAUUUUAUAAUCAAACCUGUCAUGCAUUUCUGAGUCUUAGGAAUUUCCCUCAUGAUCAAUAGCUGACCGGUUGUUCUUUAAGUUUAACAAACACAACAUUCCUAUUUUUAAGUUCACUUUCACAACAUGUAAGAUUGGCCAGAUUGCCUCUAAUCUUUCAGAAGAAACAUAAAUUAUUUCUUCUAUAUUACAUGUAUUUAUCUCCACAGAGACCGGCAUCUGCAUAUUUUUGCAAAGCCUCUCAGAAAACUAAGAGUAAAUCGUGCUCUAUAGCAAUAAUUGAAAAAAAAAUAUUAGAGUUAAAUCUUUACAUAAUUAAGAGCAGUUUGAAGGACUCUUUAUUAACUUAACAUUAGUUUAUGUUUUAUGCAGUGAGUACUUCUAAAGAAUGUUGUUAUGUCACCUUGCGUGUCCUUGUUUUGUUUUUUUUCAACUUCCUUCAGGCACCCCCCCCCCCAUUAAUCCAUCACUACACCAUCACUGCAGUUCUGACAUCAUCAUGAAUCAACUCCCGGCCAAUCAGCAACCAGACCUCAAGUUCAAUUUUUUUGUUUGAUUGUGCUUGUAUUACCCUGCUCGUAAUAGGUUUAUU